ACCAGAGCUCCGGCGCGGCCAUGGAUCCCCUGGCCGUGCUCCGGGACUACGCCGCCCGCGGCGACCUGGACAAGAUCAUCUUCAACGGCGACGACGUCCUCUUCGGCGACGACUACACCUUCCCGGCCAACGCCCCCACCGCCUUCACCUCCAAGCAGUCGGGCCGCCCCUACCCGCUCUCCGCCGCCGUCUUCCUCGCCCAGCACAACGACCUCAAGCACACCGACUUCCUCCAGGCCGCCCGCCUCCGCCGGAUCCCGCCCGUCUCCCUCCCGGACCGCAAGACCUUCCUCGACUUCCUCCACUUCGGGGACAGCUCCCUCCCCUCCGCCGAGCCCCUCCUCCCCUCCUCCUUCGCGCAGGACGCCCACCCGCCGCCGCCCCCGCCGCCGCCGGAGAACGAGGAGGGGGAGGGCCCCGACGCCGACGACGCCUCCACCGCCCACGUCCGCGCCCUCGAGCGGCCCCUCAAGGACCGCAACGCCGUCCUCGACGCCCGCGGCCGCGACUUCCUCGCCAUCUACCACGCCGCGCUGCGCCGCGAGGAGGACCGCCUCCGCAACAAGGACGCCGCGCCCUCCGCCACGGGCCGGCACGAGCCCUCCGCCGCCGCCGCCGCCUCCCUCGCGAACCCCAAGCUCGACAAGUCGCUCGGCGACGGCUUCGUGCCCAUCAUACUGGUGCCCAGCGCGUCGCAGACGCUCAUCACCAUCUACAACGUGAGGGACUUCCUGGAGGACUUCGUGUUCGUGCCCAGCGACGAGAAGAUGCGGGCCAUGAAGGGGAGCCCCAAGCCCGAGUGCGUCACCCUGCAGAAGAAGCACGUCCGCGGUGCUGGCGGUCCGGUGGCGUUCGAGGUCAGGGACAAGCCGGCCUCGCUCAAGGCCGACGACUGGGCGCGGGUCGUGGCCGUGUUUGUGCUCGGAAAGGAGUGGCAGUUCAAGGACUGGCCCUUCAAGGGUCAUGUGGACAUCUUCAACAAAGUUAUUGGGUUCUUUGUACGCUUUGAAGAUGAUAGUGUGGAUUCAGCAAAAGUGGUCAAACAGUGGAAUGUCAAAAUCAUAUCUAUAAGCAAGAAUAAAAGGCAUCAAGACAGACCGGCUGCUCUGGAGGUGUGGGAUCGGCUGGAUGAAUUUGUGCGGGCACGCUCAUAGGGGGGGCCUAAGUGAAGAAACUAUACAUGCGACUUGCAGCUACCUUGAGCAAAUCAAACUGAACUUAUGCUUAAAUGAAGGAACGAGACAAAAAAAAAAGGUGAGAACUGAGAGGUGAACAUGCGGAUAUAAGAUAUCUCCAAGUUUCAACUUUAGAUGUCUAUUGCAUGAAUUCUCCAUAAGCUAUAGAUCCGUCAAACCAAAAGUAGAGUUACCGAAUCGAUUGUUCAGUUUAUACUGUGAACAUAUUUACUGCAAUACCCAUGCAUCAUCUGCAGCAGCUGAACGUAUGUGAGCAGAUAAGUUUUUACUGUGCAUGAUAGAACCAAAAUCUGCAUGAACUCGCAGCCGACACAAUCUCUCAAAUACAGAAAUUUUGCAGAUUAACUGGCCAUCUCCCUGACAGUACCUACAGAAACUGCACACAGAAAGACUAAUUUAACUUCAUUCUUUGCAUCCCAAGAAGAUAAGUCCCUGUUAAGAUUUGUACCUAGUUGUAACCCUCAUAACCUAACACGUAUAGAAACAAAAGCAAACAAAAUCAGGGGAAACCUAAGCAAACACCAGGGCAACUUGUUACCAAAUCAUAAAUAUAACUUAUAUAAGCAAGCUGAGAGAGUGAGAGUUGUGGUUGUGAGAUCUGGGAGGGGAUCUCAGGAGGAGAUUGAUGGAAUUGAGAAACGGAGAAAGAAUGCCUACCUUAAUAUCAGUUUCACGCCUAGAUUAUUAAGGUCACCUUCCUUGCCGAUGAUCUCCUCUCCACCGUCAACAGUAACGGUGUUGCGCAUGGCCUCCCAUGCUGCAGCAAUCAGGAGCAGGCGGAACCCUAAGCAUCAUCAGCGGCGAGGGGGAGAGAGGAGGCUUCCAUCAUGGUGAGGGGAGAGGAUAUGUC